AUGGAAUCCAAGAAUUACACACAAAGUGCGCAAUUUCUUCUUUUGAGAUUUUCAGAAGAUCCAGAACUGCAGCCUUUACUGUUUGGAAUUUUCCUAUCCAUGUGCCUGGGCACUGUGUUAGAGAACCUGCUCAUCGUACUGGCCACAGUGUCAGACUACCGACUGCGCACACCCAUGUGCUUCUUCCUCUCCAACCUUUCUUUUAUGGACACUGGUUUCACCUCCACCACAGUACCAAAUAUGCUGGUGAACAUCCAGACACAGAGCAAGGUCAUAAGAUAUAAAGGCUGUGUCACUCAAGUGUAUUUUUUCAUGCUGUGUCUAAUGUUGCACGAUAUUCUGUUGACUGUGAUGUCCUAUCACCGUUAUGUGGCCGUUUGCCACCCUCUGCAUUACAUGGUCAUCAUGAACCCCAAGCUCUGUGUGUUGCUGGUUCUAGCAUGUUGGAUGCUGAGUGUCCUAAAUGCUCUGCUACAAAGCUUAAUGGUGUUACAGCCGUCCUUCUGUACUGACUUGGAAAUCCCACAUUUUUUCUGUGACCUAAAUCAAAUAGUGCACUCUGCCUGUCCUGACACUUUCCUAAUGAUGUGGUGA